AUGCAGAAUGAGGCCCAGGGCCCGGCAGCCGCCAGCUCCAGCAGCAUCAGUAUGAGUCCCAGUGUCACCACCAGCCUGGUCACUACUAGCAGCACUUGGAGGCCAACCCUGCCCCACAUCUCUGUCUACGCUGGGAUCCCAGACAGACAGACUGUUCAGGUACAGUAGUAGAAAUGUUUUGUAUAAAGUAUCUCAAAAGCGUGUCCUGUGUGGUGGCAUGGGGGUGGCCUUGGGUUGUUGCUGUUGAUGUUGAUGUUGGUGUUGCUAUUGCUGUUGUUGUUGUUGUUGUUGUUGUUGUUUUCACCAUUGCAACAUAAUCCACUUAUGAAUUUGGAUGUUUUGUUGCAUCACAACAACAUCAAUAUAGUGCAAUAAAGUUACUUUUCACUUUCAGAAAGCAAUACUGUUGUAAUAGGAGUUGGAGUUUGUAAGGUGUAAUGAAAUGGAUUUGAAAUGGAUUUCAACCCCAACCCUGCUCAGUAGUGCAGAUCCAGCUGAAUUUUCCAGGUCGUUACCGCCAUCUAGUGGCCAGUUUAAGACUAAAGAUAUCGGUCGUGAGUCCAGGAUGAGUGUUCAGAGAUUGUCUCACUGAUGAUAAUGAUAUUGAAUUAUUUUCAUACCAGAAUAUGGGUAUGUGUUUUUCCUCCAGAAACAGAUACUUGUCACUGCUCGUCAGACACGUCAAUGCAAGUGGUGAUGUACCGGCAUUCAAAGUGCAUAAAGGUGUCAGCAGUACUGAUGCUUCAAAUAUCACCCACAGCAGUCCCACCAGUUAGAGACAAAAGGGCCUACCUGAAUGAAAACUCUGGGAUCCUGACUAUCAUAUUGAGCACUGAUAAUCUAGAAGGUCACAGGUCAUUGGUCAAUCUCUCUCUCUCUCUCUCUCUCUCUCUCUCUCUCUCUCUCUCUCUCUCUCUCUCUCUCUCUCUCUCUCUCUCUCUCUCUCUCUCUCUCUCUCUCUCUCUCUGCAAUGAUGUCACUGGUGAAUGAGGGCUCCCCAUGAUAUGUGGGAGGGGCCAGUUAGGCUAAGCGAGAGCAGCUAUUGGCUCCCAAAGGCAGAACUUCUCUCUUGUGUGGCUAACUAGGUGCUUGGCUGGUGAUUCCAGGUUGGGGAGGAUUCUGUCUGAGGAUCUCACAGCCCUAUAGGCGGAACUUCUAUUGCAAGUGAUGUCGAGUCGGUUCUAAAGAAAAAGAGAGAGACUUAUCUUAUCUAGGUCUAUGAAGAUUUUUGACCAAGGUUUGUUUCAGAGUUCACUGAAGUAUAUAAAAAAAAAAGAUCUCCAAAGUGUGGUACGUAACGAGUUUCAUCUGAUUACAGCAUAUCUUAUUGGUGCUUGUUUUAAUUAAUCGUAAAGAAAUAAACAAGUAAUUGAUAGUUAAUUACAAUGUAAUUACCAUUCUACUGUGUACAGUCUUAGUAAAUGCCUAGUCUGUACCGUAAUAUAAAGUGCUACCAUGAAGAUGGCAAGUUUGCAUGUUUUUUCAGUUGCAUGGUCUUGGUCUGGUCUGGUGUAAAAAGGGGCCCGGCCAGUGUGGAGUGUGGAGGCAGGCAGUGAUGGAGUAGGGCUGGUCCUCUGGAGGUCAGAGGGGCCUAGGAGGGGGUCUGCUGGGGAAUGUAGCUUGGCUGUCAGGCCUCUCUGACAGAUGAGGUCUGGGUGACGGGGGAGGGGCUCUCUCUGUUCUCUCUCUCUCUCUCUCUCUCUCUCUCUCUCUCUCUCCUCUCUCUCACACACAUUGCUCUCUAUCUAUCUAUCUAUCUAUCUAUCUAUCUAUCUAUCUAUCUAUCUAUCUAUCUAUCUAUCUAUCUAUCUAUCUAUCUAUCUAUCUAUCUAUCUAUCUAUCUAUCUAUCUAUCUAUCUAUCUAUCUAUCUAUCUAUCUAUCUAUCUAUCUAUCUAUCUAUCUAUCUAUCUAUCUAUCUAUCUAUCUAUCUAUCUAUCUCUCUCUCUCUUUUCCAUCUUUCAUCUCCCUCUCUCUGUAAAGGUGAUCCAACAGGCGCUCCACAGACAACCCAGCACGGCAGCCCAGUACCUGCAGCAGAUGUAUGCAGCCCAGCAGCAGCACCUCAUGCUUCAGACAGCAGCCCUCCAACAGCAGCAGCACCUCAUGCUUCAGACAGCUGCCCAACAACAGCAGCAGCAGCAACUGAGCAACGUUCAGGUCCAGAGGCUAGCCGGUGUGCAACAGGUCUGUGUGAGUGGUGUGUGUGUGUGUAUAUUGGAGCAUUGAUUGUUUGUGGCCACAGGGGACAAGAAAAUUCCAGAUUGCACUUAUUGAUAGUCACCAAUACAUUUGUCCCAUGCAGCAAUAAAAGCCUAAACUCUGAUGUUGCAAACAGCAUGGUAUCUGAGCCAUAGGAACCAUAUGAUGAAUAUGACAAUUCAAAAGUGUUACUGAUAAAUUAAGCGAAAUACAGUAUAUUGACUGAUAUAUUGUGUAACUGAGAUGUGGUCAAUCUCACCAAAGCAGAUCUUGACCGUCUGACCCAGUGCUUUCUGCUGAGGUUGGCCUUGUAAUACACACUGCUGUCCUGGUCCCCAAGGACUGGCUCUGUAUCACAGACAUACAUCAACCAUGUCUUCAAUGUCAUGCACACUGGUGAUUUCUCUUCUAUAGGAUGCUAUGUGUGUCAAUGUGUUCAUCGACCUUUGACCUGGACCAGGGGUUCACAACCUAGGGGGGACCUUCCUUGAUUUGAGUGGUGAAAGAAACUGUUUCUUCUUUUUUACAAUUUGCAAUUCUUUAUACCGAUCUAAAACUAUGCAUAAAUCUGUGAUGCUUUAGGCUUUAAAAUGCCAGAGGAAGACCCGACUCUGAUGCACAUGGGAAUAUCUUUGGUUUGUCUCUAUGAUAUUCAGAUGCUGAGCUACGACCUUCUAAAGUCAAGGAGUCAAAUAAAUUAGACUUUGCUUGAGAAGUCAUAUUAUUAUUAUUUUUAAAUAUAAAUUAUCAUAAUAAAACAUAUUUGGUAGAGGAAUAACAUUUGGGGAAAAGAGUCUAGACUUUAUUUUCCUUAUCCAUUAUUAUUAUUAUUAUUAUUAUUAUUAUUAUUAUUAAAUAGCCUACCUAAAAUAUGUCAUGAGUCUUGUUAAACUAUGUAGAAUUGCAGGAAAUGAACUUCAACAAAAACAUUUUUAUAGAUCCCUCAAAUCAUGUUGGUGUUGUAUUUAAUAUAGGCUAUCUCAAUAAACAAUAAUAAAACAUAGUGACAUUUUUCAAAUGUAAAAAAAGGUUGGGAACCACUGACCAUAUGAUCCCUGGACAUACGGGACACAGGCUGAUAAGUAUUGAUCUCAACUGGUUUCUUUAUGACCAUCUUUCAAAUCCUCCAGCCAUUGAUUACACAUUCAUAAUCUGAUUUGUUCUCUUUAGUAUUGUGUCGUUCAAUUCUCCACAAGAUAGACGAGACAUUGAAAAGUGAUGAUUCUCGCGUGGGCCACACAUUCUGGAUGGAUGUGUUCAUUGCUAGUUGGAUAAAAGCUACAGUAUUAUUAGAAAUAGGGUGCAUAUUAAUUACCUUAAUAAUAGGGGGUGCCCAUUGAGCCAAACAAACCCAUUCAAAAACAAAUAGUGUUACAGUUACAUGUCAUUUUUACCAUUUAUUGUUUUAAGCAACAUUUCAAAACAAGACAUGGGCGCUAUUGACUAGUUAGCUGAUAGACUGCCGAAAAGACUUCCACACUCUGCCUUCCUUCCCUCCGUGUUUACCUGCGAUGGGAGCUGCUUCCUGUGGGCCAAUGUGGGGCUAAUGUGUGGAUUGAUGGAGAGCCCUCUGUGCCCCCCUCUCUCUCUCUCUCUCUCUCUCUCUCUCUCUCUCUCUCUCUCUCUCUCUCUCUCUCUCUCUCUCUCUCUCUCUCUGAGAAUGCCCCAGGCUUCCUGAGCUCUGACAGUGAUGAAUGUCUGUAUACCUGGGAGACUCCAAGGCAUGUACAGCACACAACAUACCUCAUAUACAGUGAGGUCCAAAAGUAUUUGGACAGUGACAUUUUGUGUUGUUGUUUUGGCUCUGUACUCCAGCACUUUGGAUUUGAAAUGAUACAAUGACUAUGAUGUUAAACUGCAGACUAUCAUAUAUUCAUCAAUUUCAGGUGAAUCGUUUAGAAAUUACAGCACCUUUUUGUACAUAGUCCCCCCAUUUUAAGGAACCAAAAGUAUUUGGACAAAUUCAUUUAUAUAUGUAUUAAAGUAAUACAAAGUUUAAUAUUUGGUCCCAUAUUCCUAGCACGCAGUGACUACAUCAAGCUUGUGACUACAAACUUGUUGGAUGCAUUUGCAGUUUGUGUUGGUUGUGUUUCAGAUUAUUUUGUGCCCAAUAGAAAUGAAUAGUAAAUAAUGUAUUGUGUCAUUUUGGAGUCAAUUUUAUUGUUAAUAAGAAUAUAUGUUUCUAAACACUUCUAAAUUAAUGUGGAUGCUACCAUGAUUACGGAUAAUCAUGAAAGAAACGUGAAUAAUGAUGAGUGAAAAAGUUACAGAGGCAUGAGUAUCAUACCCCCCAAAAAAUGCUAACCUCCGCUGUUAUUGGUAGUGGUGAGAGGUUAGCAUGUCUUGGGGGUAUGAGAUUUGGUGCUUUGGAAUUCAAAGGUCGGCCAUUUUCUUAACACACAGAGAUGAUAGCUCUCCUAAUACGUCCAAGUAAAUCAAAUCAUUUCUGGGUAACAAUUAAGUACAUUACUGUGAUUAUUUUUAAAUAUUACUUUCAAUUUUCAACUGAACACUAUCUUUCUUAUUGGUCAGUUAACUAAUUUACCGCCUGGUGAUGUCACCAGGCAGGCCAAAACUCCAUCCCACCAAAACUUCCACUAAAAGGGCAUUAUCCUCAUUUUCACCAUUUCACAGUAUUAUUCCAACCUCAUAGUGUGGAAAUAUAUAUAAAACACAGGAAAAUCAAGUUUUUGACUGCACUGGGCCUUUAACCUCUAUGGUCAGUGGUAUCUCUCCUCCUGACAAUAUUGACCAAAACAAUGAACAGCACAACUUGACGGAGGUCAUUACAGCAGUAACGCUUUACAGCCUGCAUGUAUGAGCCCCAUUACACACGCACUACAUUUACAUUUAUGUCAUUUAGCAGACGCUCUUAUCCAGAGCGACUUACAAAUAGGUGCAUUCACCUUAUAGCCAGUGGGAUAACCACUUUACAAUGUUAUUUUUUUAUUUUAUUAUUAUAUUUUUUUGGGUGGGGGGGUAGAAGGAUUACUUUAUCCUAUCCCAGGGUGUUGAGUGACUCCGCUGUCCUGGCGUUGUGAGGGAGCUUGUUCCACCAUUGGGGUGCCAGAGCAGCGAACAGUUUUGACUGGGCUGAGCGGGAACUAUGCUUCCGCAGAGGUAGGGGAGCCAGCAGGCCAGAGGUGGAUGAACGCAGUGCCCUCGUUUGGGUGUAGGGACUGAUCAGAGCCUGAAGGUACGGAGGUGCCGUUCCCCUCACAGCUCCGUAGGCAAGCACCAUGGUCUUGUAGCAGAUGCGAGCUUCAACUGGAAGCCAGUGGAGUGUGCGGAGGAGCGGGGUGACGUGAGAAAACUUGGGAAGGUUGAACACCAGACGGGCUGCGGCAUUCUGGAUGAGUUGUUGGGGUUUAAUGGCACAGGCAGGGAGCCCAGCCAACAGCGAGUUGCAGUAAUCCAGACGGGAGAUGACAAGUGCCUGGAUUAGGACCUGUGCCGCUUCCUGUGUAAGGCAGGGUCGUACUCUCCGAAUGUUGUAGAGCAUGAACCUACAGGAUCGGGUCACCGCCUUGAUGUUAGCGGAGAACGACAGGGUGUUGUCCAGGGUCACGCUAAGGCUCUUCGCACUCUGGGAGGAGGACACAACGGAGUUGUCAACCGUGAUGGCGAGAUCAUGGAACGGGCAGUCCUUCCCCGGGAGGAAGAGCAGCUCCGUCUUGCCGAGGUUCAGCUUGAGGUGGUGAUCCGUCAUCCAUACUGAUAUGUCUGCCAGACAUGCAGAGAUGCGAUUCGCCACCUGGUUAUCAGAAGGGGGAAAGGAGAAGAUUAGUUGUGUGUCGUCAGCGUAGCAAUGAUUGGAGAGGCCAUGUGAGGAUAUGACAGAGCCAAGUGACUUGGUGUAUAGUGAGAAUAGGAGAGGGCCUAGAACUGAGUCCUGGGGGACACCAGUGGUGAGAGCACGUGGUGCGGAGACAGCUUCUCGCCACGCCACUUGGUAGGAGCGACCGGUCAGGUAGGACGCAAUCCAAGAGUGAGCCGCGCCGGAGAUGCCCAGCUCGGAGAGGGUGGAGAGGAGGAUCUGAUGGUUCACAGUAUAAAAGGCAGCAGACAGGUCUAGAAGGACAAGAGCAGAGGAGAGAGAGUUAGCUUUAGCAGUGCGGAGAGCCUCUGUGACACAGAGAAGAGCAGUCUCAGUUGAAUGACCAGUCUUGAAACCUGACUGGUUUGGAUCAAGAAGGUCAUUCUGAGAGAGAUAGCAAGAGAGUUGGCUAAAGACGGCACGCUCAAUAGUUUUGGAGAGAAAAGAAAGAAGGGAUACUGGUCUGUAGUUGUUGACAUCAGAGGGAUCGAGUGUUGGUUUUUUGAGAAGGGGUGCAACUCUCGCUCUCUUGAAGAAGGAAGGGACAUAGCCAGCGGUCAAGGAUGAGUUGAUCAGCGAGGUGAGGUAAGGGAGAAGGUCACCGGAGAUGGUCUGGAGAAGAGAGAAGGGGAUAGGGUCAAGCGGGCAGGUUGUUGGGCGGCCUGCCGUCACAAGUCGCAAGAUUUUAUCUGGAGAGAGAGGGGAGAAAGAAGUCAAAGCAUAGGGUAGGGCAGUGUGAGCAGGACCAGCAGUGUCAUUUGACUUAACAAAUGAGGAUCGGAUGUCGUCAACCUUCUUUUCAAAAUGGUUGACGAAGUCAUCCAGAGAGAGGGAGGGGGGGGGGGGGGGGGGGAUUCAGCAGGGAGGAGAAUGUGGCAAAGAGCUUCCUAGGGUUAGAGGCGGAUGCUUGGAAUUUAGAGUGGUAGAAAGUGGCCUUAGCAGCAGAAACAGAUGAAGAAAAUGUAGAGAGGAGGGAGUGAAAAGAUGCCAGGUCUGCAGGGAGUCUAGUUUUCUUCCAUUUCCGCUCAGCUGCCCGGAGCUCUGUUCUGUGAGCUCGCAAUGAGUCAUCAAGCCAUGGAGCUGGAGGGGAGGACCGAGCCGGCCGGGAGGAUAGGGGACAUAGAGAGUCAAAGGAUGCAGAAAGGGAGGAGAGGAGGGUUGAGGAGGCAGAAUCAGGAGAUUGGAGGGAGAAGGAUUGAGCAGAGGGAAGAGAUGAUAGGAUGGAAGAGGAGAGAGUAGCGGGAGAGAGAGAGUGAAGGUUGCGACGGCGCAUUACCAUCGGUGUAGGGGCAGAGUGAGUAGUGUUGGAGGAGAGGGAGAGAGAAAAGGAUACAAAGUAGUGGUCGGAGACUUGGAGGGGAGUUGCAGUGAGAUUAGUAGAAGAACAGCAUCUAGUAAAGAUGAGGUCAAGCGUAUUGCCUGCCUUGUGAGUACAUUGUAAUAUUGUUGUAUGGUGGUAUUAUACAUUUUGUAUUGUAGAUAUGUAGUGGUGUAAUGUGAUAUGAUGUACUGAUGUAUCUUUUGUUUUAUAUGUAAUCUAAGUGCCUUUAAUGUGUUUGGACCCCAGGAAGAGUAGCUGCUGCCUUGGCAACAGCUAAUGGGGAUCCCUAAUAAAUACAAACACAAAUACAAAUUACAGCUAUAGCUAAACUAAGUGGUUGCUCACUACUAGCCAUGUGAAGACUUUCGUAUAGUUUCCCCCCACAUAACAAAUUGGUCUCCAUCAGUAUGAGGCCUGGCUGGUUAACAUGGGCUCUUGAUGGAUGACUAGUUCCUCACUGGGGGCAAAAUCAUUUUACACUAUGAGGGCAUUUACACUCCAUUAGAGAAGAGUAGGCUACACUUGGGGGCUAAGUCUCUGUCCAUUACUCUUAGGUCUGUAUUCGGUUUUCCCUAUGUAGUGGCAAAUAGCAAAUACUUAUAAGUAGUAAAGUAGGUAAGUAGCCUUGUCCGAGCCAGAAUGGCCCAUAGAGCAGGAGCAUAUUUCCUGUUUCUGUAACCUAAGACAGUUUGAUGUACAAGUACUCUCUAUGGACAGGACGCUAGUCUAUCGCAGGGCCUACUUAUAAGGGACAACAUAAAUAAUAAUUCAGUAUAUUGCAGGGUGGCACAAAAUAUCUAUUGAUAGUUUUGAUUUUGGUACCUUUCUUCAUUUCCUACAUUUCCCAGUCUACCAUAGUGGCAGGAAGACAGAGUUCCAACCAGAAUGGGAACCCCUCUCACCAGAUAUGUUCCACACAGACCACUGUGAGUAGAACUGUUUUGAUAUAGCUGUUUCAGUCUGUAGCUAGUCCACUGAGUUUAAUGACUGUCCCUGUUUCUGUCUGCGUGUGACCUUCUGUUCUAGAUUAUUUUUGUGUGUGCUACAUGUCCAUGUCUGUAUGUCUGUUCCUGCAUCUUUGUAUCUUUUGCGUCUUUAUGACUUGAUUAUAUCUAGGGCAUGUUCAUGAGUGGGCAACCUUACAGAACAUUCAUAAAAUAAACAUAUUGUGCUGAACAGAUAUGAUUGAAAUUGUGUUAGUUCUUCUACAAGUUAUAGUCAUUACAGUACACCCCUGUCCUCCUCUCCAAGGUAAACCUGGCCACACCUCCAGCAGUGGCCCAGCUAAUCAGCAGAGUCCAGAGUGUUAGCUCCGCCCCCACCUGUAUCCCCCAGCAGGCUGUGCUCCUAGGCAACGCCUCCAGCCUCGUCCUCACCGCCAGCCAAGCUCAGAUGUAUCUGCGGGCUCAGAUGGUAAGGGAAUAGCACGCACACACAUUCCACAUUUGUCAUACCUAUUUCACCACUGAUUGAAUGGUCAAUAGUCAUCUCCUCUCCACACAACUAGAUGGGCCCUCUUCAUCUGAAUAGUGAAGGAAAGUUUUGAUGUUUUUAUUCCGGAAAACUGCGCAACUGCUCAAUCUAAUCAAAUCAAAUCAAAUGUUAUUGGUCGCAUACAUGUUUAGCAGAUGUUAUUGCGGGUGUAGCGAAAGGCUUGUGUUCCUAGCUCCAACAGUGCAGUAAUAUCUAACAAUACACUAUGGUAAACCGUGGGGUGUUGGGUUGAGUGCACAGAGACGGACACAGAGACAGGGAGGUUCUAGUUAGAAAACACGACUUUACUAGCAACGUAACAACAAAAUAACUUAGGUUUGGCUCGGCCCUUCUUCUCAUAUUCGGCUCCGUGCCUCCGGGAGCUUCGUUCCCCUCUGUAGGCUCACUCCUUGUCUCUCUCUUUUUCUCUCCCGCGGUGUGCCACGGUGCUCCAUUUAUAUGGCCUGCACGGCUGGUUGGCACUCUCCCCUAAUUACCCCUACUUGGUACCAUCAGCGUCGGGGUGCCCAGCCCGGGUACCCCCAACAGAGGGAGCCAACAUCACGGCACGUACCUCCCCUCUAUCACCAACCCCCGGGGAAGAGCUCCCAGGAUACCACAACACACAAAUCGAAAAGUAAAAUAAUGUAAUUAAGAAAUAUAUAAAUAUUAGGACUAGCAAUGUCGGAGUCCGGAGUAUGAAUUAAUAUAUAUAUAUAUAUAUAUAUUAUAUUUCAUUAUUAAUUAUUGCCUUAUUCUAAAAUUGAUUAAAUCGUUUUUUUCCCCUAAUCAAUCUACACACAAUACCCCAUAAUGACAAAGAAAAAACAGGUUCUUAGAAAUGUAUGUUAAUUUAUUAUAAAUAAAAAAACGAAAUAUUACAUUUACACAAGUAUUCAGACCCUUUACUCAGUACUUUGAUGAAGCACCUUUGGCAGUGAUUACAGCCUUGAGUCUUCUUUGGUAUGACGCUACAAGCUUGGCACACCUGUAUUUGGGGAGUUUCUCCCAUUCUUCUCUGCAGAUCCUCUCAAGCUCUGUCAGGUUGGAUGGGGAGUUUCGCUGCACAGCUAUUUCAAAUCAAAUUUUAUUGGUCACAUACACAUAUUUAGCAGAUGUUAUUGCGAGUGUAGCGAAAUUCUUGUGUUCCUAGCUCCAACAGUGCAGUAGUAUCUAACAAUUCACAACAAUACACACAAAUCUAAAAGUAAAAGAAUGGAAUUAAGAAAUAUAUAACUAUUAGGACAAGCAAUAUCGGAGUGGCAUUGACUAAAAUACAGUAGAAUAGAAUAGAGUAUAUACAUAUGAGAUGAGUAAACCAGUAUGUAAACAUUAUUAAAGUGACUAGUGUUCCAUUAUUAAAGUGGCCAGUGAUUCCAUGUCUAUGUGCAGUGCCUUCGGAAAGUAUUCAGACCCCUUGACUUUUUCCACAUUUUGUUACGUUACAGCCUUAUUCUAAAAUGGAUAAAAUAAAUACAAAUCCUCAGCAAUCUACACACAAUAACCCAUAACGACAAAGCGAAAACAGGUUUUUAGAAAUGUUAGCAAAUGUAUUACAAAUAAAAAACAGAAAUACCUUAUUUACAUAAGUAGUCAGACCCUUUGCUAUGAGACACGAAAUUGAGCUCAGGCGCACCCUGUUUCCAUUGAUCAUCCUUGAGAUGUUUCUACAACUUGAUUGGAGUCCGCCUGUGUUAAAUUCAUUUGGAUCAAGGCAAAGAUGAACGGAGCAAAGUACAGCGAGAUCCUUUAAACAGGUCAACAUUCACAAAGCCGCUGGGCCAGACGGAUUACCAGGUUGUGUACUCAAAGCAUGCGUGGACCAACUGGCAAGUGUCUUCACUGACAUUUUCAACCUCUCCCUGACCGAGUCUGUAAUACCUACAUGUUUCAAGCAGACCACCAUAGUCCCUGUGCCCAAGGAAGCGAAGGUAACCUGCCUAAAUGAUUACCGCUCCGUAGCACUCACGUCAGUAGCCAUGAAGUGCUUUGAAAGGCUGGUCAUGGCUCACAUCAACAGCCUCAUCCCGGAUACCCUAGACCCACUCCAAUUCGCAUAUCGCCCCAACAGAUCCACAGAUGACGCAAUCUCAAUCGCACUCCACACUGCCCUUUCCCACCUGGACAAAAGGAACACCUAUGUGAGAAUGCUGUUCAUUGACUACAGCUCAGCGUUCAACACCACAGUGCCCACAAAGUUCAUCACUAAGCUAAGGACCCUGGGACUAAACACCUCCCUCUAACUGGAUCCUGGACUUCCUUACGGGCCGCCCUCAGGUGGUAAGGGUAGGCAACAACACGUCUGCCACGCUGAUCCUCAACACUGGGGCCCCUCAGGGGUGCGUGCUUAGUCCCCUCCUGUACUUCCUGUUCACCCACGACUAUGUGGCCAAACACGACUCCAACACCAUCAUUAAGUUUGCUGACAACACAACAAUGGUAGGCCUGAUCACCGACAACGAUGAGACAGCCUAUAGGGAGGAGGUCAGAGACCUGGCAGUAUGGUGCCAGGACAACAGCCUCUCCCUCAAUGUGAGCAAGACAAAAGAGCUGAUCGUGGACUAUAGGAAAAGGCGGGCUGAACAGGCCCCCAUUAACAUCGACAGGGCUGUAGUGGAGCGGGUCGAGUUUCAAGUUCCUUGGUGUCCACAUCACCAACAAACUAUUGUGGUCCAAACACACCAAGACAAUUGUGAAGAGGGCACGACAACACCUCUUCCCCUUCAGGAGACUGAAAAGAUUUGGCAUGGGUCCCCAGAUCCUCAAAAAGUUAUACAGCUGCACCAUCGAGAGCAUCCUGACCGGUUGCAUCACUGCCUGGAAUGGCAACUGCUGUGCAUCUGAUCGUAAGGUGCUACAGAGGGUAGUGCAUACGGCCCAGUACGUCACUGGGGCCAAGCUUCCUGCCAUCCAGGACCAAUAUACUAGGCGGUGUCAGAGGAAGACUCCAGUCACCCAAGUCAUUGACUGUUCUCUCUGCUACUCUGUCAGAGUGACCAUUGGGUUCUUGGUCAUCUCCCUGACAAAGGCCCUUCUCCUCCGAUUGCUCAGUUUGGCCGGGUGGCCAGCUCUAGGAAGAGUCUUGGUGGUUCCAAACUCUUCCAUUUAAGAAUGAUGGAGGCCACUGUGUUCUUGGGGACCUUCAAUGCUGCAGACGCUUUUUUGGUACCCUUCCCCAGAGCUGUGCUUCGACACAAUCCUGUCUCGGAGCUCUACGGACAAUUCCUUCGACCUCAUGGCUUGGUUUUUGCUCUGACAUGCACUGUCAACUGUGGGACCUUAUUUAGACAGGUGUGUGCCUUUCCAAAUCAUGUACAAUCAAUUGAAUUUACCACAGGUGGACUCCAAUGAAGUUGUAGAAACACCUCAAGGAUGAUCAACGGAAACAGGAUGCACCUGAUCUCAAUUUCUAAUCUCAUAGCAAAGGGUCUGACUACUUAUGUAAAUAUUUUUUAUUUGUAAUACAUUUGCUAACAUUUCUAAAAACCUGUUUUCGCUUUCUCAAAAUGGUCUAUUGUGUGUAGAUUUGAGGAUUUUUUUUUUGGUAAUCAAUUUCAGAAUAAGGCUGUAACGUAACAAAAUGUGGGAAAAGUGGUCUGAAUACUUUCCGAAUGCACUGUAUAGACAUUAUGGACAGUAUGUGGAUAGAAUAUAUAGUAUAUCUCAAGAAUACGUAGGAUAGAAUAGUAUAUGUACAGCAAUAGUUGAAUAGGAUUGACUUGACUAGAAUACAGUACUCUAUGUUUUCCAUAUGAUUUAAUAUGAUGAUUUCCUUCAUGUGGCCAGGGUAUAGAUAUGUGGCACAGCAGAGGGUAAUUUAGAAGGAAAACAAGACUCAAGACUUGAGUGUCAGUUAUGUUUUUACUAGCAGAAAUACUGAGAUUCCUCGUAGAAUUUUUUGGACUGGAGCCAUAAUGUGUAGUAAUGUUUUUUUUUGACAACUCUUUCCUCUCUGAAACCAUCAAGCAUCCUUGAGUUGCUAUCCAUCUUAGAUCAGAAUAACACGGCACAACGCUGCACAUGGCUGGUCUUGUUCAAAAUCAAAUUGCUGCCAGGAAAGAAAAUGCCUUAGCCAUGUAGUUCAUGGAUGGCGAGAUUCAGUUGAAAGAGCUUUAUUACUGUAAUGUUUUGGCUUAAAUAGCUCAGUGGGAUAACACCAAUCUUAGCUGAGGGCUUAGCUGGUCCUGAUUUGGAGCAGUGUUAGUGGCAAUAUUUUUUUGUUCUUUGUCCUCCCAGCUCAUCUUCACCCCAACUGCAGCUGUUGCCACUGUCCAAUCAGCAGCCUCGUCACAGUCCGCCAUCAACCAACAGUCUGCUAGUGCACAGGUAAUAUUCACCACACACAACAUGCAUAUGCAUAUGCAUUCACAACCUCAAUGAGCACACACAUGCACAGACACAGGUGCACACAUUACCACACAACACACAUACACACCAAACAUGUAUACCAUGGAUGCUAUGGGAGAAUCCUAUUGCUCGCCUCCUCUCCUCCGUCUCCGAGGAGAGGAAACAUGAGCUUGUAUGAAUUGAGACGGUCCUUCUCCACUCACGCGUCAUCAGGCAAAUUACGUUUACAAGGGCGGAAUCCCAAAAUAAAUGUGUAAAGUCAUAAAAACAAAUGUAGCUAGUUGUGCAAGACAUUUUAUAGAUAAACGGAUAAGUAAAAUAUUGUUUUUAAAUGUGUACACGUUUCUCCUCUGAGAAAACAAGAGCUGAUUCAAAGGGGGUGUGGUGGAUUUCAAAACGCUUCUGCACUAAGGAGCCGAGAGGAUACACUUGUGCAUCCUCGGUGGGAGGAGGCUAUCGAGGAGGGGAGGACACUCCUUUGCAGUGGUGUAGUUCUAUAAAAAAAUGUAGGUGAAGAAGCGCCAUAUCUUUUUUUUAUGACAUCAGAAUUUCUCAAAGUUUGUAGCCUACUGACAGAUGUAGCCUAUUGAAUAUCAUUGUAUAAUAUACCUAUGCAUAACAUGCUUCAUCCAAUUGCAACGUCUGCCUAUGCCCACACAUUGACUCAAGAAUAUUUGCUAUUUUUAAUACCCCCAAACACUGUUAGGCAUACCUCAUUUCAAAAUAGGCCAUCAUCUCUGUCAAUCUUGAAUGAUAAUUAUAUACGUUUUACCGGUGAAAUUUCUAAACUGCAUGCCAAUAAUUUGAUCUCAAUCAGUUUCAUGGGAAUAUGCAUUUAGAUCUUCUUGAAUGUCUUUUGUGAGUGAAGCCCUUUCCUGCAGUCAAAUGACCAAAUCGCCCUCUAGUGGCCACAUGGGUGGAAUGUUAUUAAUAUUUUCAUAAUUGUAUCAUUAAUUUAAAAAAAAUUUAAACCACUGGAAAUUCUGUAUUUCUAUGUAAAGCGAUUUUGUUAUAUUUCAGACUUCUGUGAUGUAUAUAAAGUGUAAUUGUAAUGAAUACUCAGGGAGAAAAAGGUGUAGAUUCACACGCAGAACGCGGCAGGUGUUUAUUUUGCCGUCGCAGAAGGCAGGAAUCGUGGUCACAGGCAGGUGAAUCAAACUAGGACUGAAGGCUAUAACUGGUUCUCACAAACAAGCUAGGAAAAGAGUCAAAACGAACAAUACCUCACAAGGCACAAACAGAAUGAACUGAACUAAAUAAGGAGCUGAUGAGACCAGGUGAGUAACAAACACAGGUGAAAUCAAUGAACAAAAAUGAAAGACAGGGCUAUGUUCAAGAACACAAAGAAACAGGGCUACGUUCAAGAACACAAGGUGAACUAAGAAAAUAAAUACAGCACCUUACAGUAUGGCCUGAAUGGCGUAGGCAGGUUCCCCUCCAAUGUCCAAUGGUGGGGGCGCACUGCGGGUUGAGACUGGAGGAUGAAGAGGACUGUAGGUGACCGGUUUUAACAGAGACACAUGGAAGGACGAGGAGAUUUUAUACGGACGCGGUAACUGGAGGCGGUACGUGACAGGGUUGAUGCGAUGGGUUAUCUUGAAGGGACCAAUGAAGCGAGGACAGACGUUUUAGCAGGGGAGGCGGAGCCAGAUGUCUCUGGUAGAGAGACACACACGCUGUCCGGGGUGAAAGAGUGACGUAGGUCGGCGGCGUCUGUCGGCAAAGCGUUUCUGGGUAUUAGAGGCUUCCUGCAGAUGGCGGUGAGCGGUCUCCCAUACCCGCUCACUAUUCCGAAACCAGUCGCCGACAGCUGGGACAGUACCAGGCUCCGCCUCCCAGGGAAACAUGGGGGGUUGGUAACCAGGGACGGCUUGUUCAAUAGGGCGAUAUGGGCGACGCACUGCCAAACGGGAAAAGGAAGGGAUUUUUUUUCUAAUCAAUUAUAUCACGGCAACAGCAGUUAUCAGUGUUCACGUCUGAUCUGCCAGCCACUAAAUGUCAAAUCAGGCUAAAGUCGUGCUUCAAAUGGCCCCGCCCGUUUUUGGGGCGAUUUCAGUCAAGUUGAAAAUCGCCCAGAAGUCUCUCAUAGCCUGUCAUGUAAAAUCUAUUUUUUUCACAUUUCAAAGCUUUCAAUACAUUCUCUAUGGGUGUCUGUGGGCUUGCACUUACGCGCUUUCGUCAUACGUGACGUAACGUUGAACGUAACUAAGACAAUGGCGGCUAGCAUGGUCUCUGUUGCGACCUGCAGUGCGACGUUAUUUUAUGUUUUUAAUUUGUAGACUUAGUUUACAAACAUUCUGCCAACCAUGGAUUUCCAGUGGUUGGUUUUGGACUGAUCUUGUUGAUCGUGUACAUACCCGCUACGAACGGACUAAAUAAUGAAAACGCUGCUGGCAGCGGAAUCCCAAUACAGCUGGGAGACUUGGCUGGAUGACAGAGUCCCGGACCGCGAUCCUGGUAAGAGAGCGACUCUGUACCCCGACAUUGAACUGCUUUCUGUGUCAUUGCGACCUUACUAUCAAUUCAAUUCAAUUUAAGGGCUUUAUUGGCAUGGGAAAUGUGUGUUAACAUUGCCAAAGCAAGGGAAGUAGAUAGUAAACAAAAGUGAAAUAAACAAUAAAUAUUAACAGUAAACAUUACACUCAGAAGUUUCAAAAGAAUAAAGACAUUUCAAAUGUCAUAUUAUGUAUAUAUACAGUGUUGUUACAAUGUGCAAAUAGUUAAAGUACAAAUGGGAAAAUAAAUAAACAUAAAUAUGGGUUGUAUUUACAAUGGUGUUUGUUCUUCACUGGUUGCCCUUUUCUUGUGGCAACAGGUCACAAAUCUUGCAGCUGUGAUGGCACACUGUGGUUUUUCACCCAGUAGAUAAGGGAGUUUAUCAAAAUUGGGUUUGUUUUCGAAUUCUUUGUGGAUCGCUGUAAUCUGAGGGAAAUAUGUGUCUCUAAUAUGGUCAUACAUUUGGCAGGAGGUUAGGAAGUGCAGCUCAGUUUCCACCUCAUUUUGUGGGCAGUGUGCACAUAGCCUGUCUUCUCUUGAGAGCCAGGUCUGCCUACGGCGGCCUUUCUCAAUAGCAAGGCUAUGGUCACUGAGUCUGUACAUAGUCAAAGCUUUCCUUAAGUUUGGGUCAGUCACAGUGGUCAGGUAUUCUGCCACUGUGUACUCUCUGUUUAGGGCCAAAUAACAUUCUAGUUUGCUCUGUUUUUUUGUUUGUUCUUUCCAAUGUGUCAAGUAAUUCUCUUUUUGUUUUCUCAUGAUUUGGUUGGGUCUAAUUGUGUUGUUGUUGUUGUUGUUGUCCUGGGGCUGUGUGGGGUCUGUUUGUGUUUGUGAACAGAGGCCCAGGACAAGCUUACUUAGGGGACUCUUCUCCAAGUUCAUCUCUCUGUAGGUGAUGGCUUUGUUAUGGAAGGUUUGGGAAUCGCUUCCUUUUAAGUGGUUACUAUCUGCCCCGUGAGUUCCCCCAAUUGUUUGUUACCGUUGUGUACUGUUGAUAAUCACAAGUUUACUGGAGAACUGAGACCAAGUAGAGACUUUGGACAGGGUGGAUGAGGUAAAGAUAUCUGGAAUCGCGUGCACGGACUCGUUCGUCAAACUCUUAGGGAGAAGAGAGCCCCGAAAACAUUGUGUGCAGACAUUUUAUACAAUAAAUUAUGUAGGUUGAAUCUAGUAGUUCUGAUCUUCUGAUUGGUCCUGAUGAGUUGGGCGAGACCCCUCCACUGUUGCAUUGGCUCUGAGUCGGGUUCUCUGUCUUCAAAUGUUCAGCCUAAAGAGAGGGGAUUUUUGUGUGUGUGUGUGUGUGUGUGUGUUUAACAGUGAUGAUGUGUGUGUGUGUGUGUGUUAUCAGUGAUGUGUGUGUGUGUGUGUGUGUGUGUGUGUCCUCAGAGCAAGAACUCGUGAGUUGGAAGAACUGAGAGACCUAUGGCGUGGGUGUUGUCCUUGGCCACCUGCUGACAAGGCUGACAAGAUAGGACUCUUUUGUCCAUUGUUAUAGGAUAGGAACAGCAUUGAUUGAAAACAAACGCCCAACACAAAAUGGGUCAUGCACAAGAUUUUAGUCAGACCAAGCUAUAACAUUAUAUAUUUACUACGACAGUACAUUCAACCAAAAGCUAAUAUAACAAAGGCAUCAGAGAUUAUUUAUAAUCUGUCACAGAAACUGGAAUCCAUCUCCCCAGAUCAGUCAAUAAAUGCUUCUGGUAUUGACUUAUAUGCUGCCCCUGUCUUCAUGUUGUUGCUGGACAUAUCUUUUUUUAAAUGUGUGUAGGUCACCUAAAUCAUCAGAAAAAUUGCCCCUCCUGAGAAUUUUUUCAGGAGCCGCCACUGUUGGUAACCAAGUACACACUGAAACGGAGUAAGGCGGAGGGAUGAAUGCCUGAGUGAGUUCUGAGUGUAUUCGGCCCAGGCCAUAUACCGACUCCAGUCGUGUGGAGAGGCAGAACAUUGUUGGCGGAGUAACUUCCCUAUUUCUUGGUUCAGGCGUUCCGUCUGCCCAUUGGUCUGGGGAUGGUACCCAGAGGAGAGGCUGAGGGCGACCCCCAGUUGGUCACAGAAGGCUCGCCACACCUGGGAGACAAACUGUGGCCCGCGGGUCAGAGACGAUGUCCUUCGGAAUCCCAUACAGAUGGAACACACACACUCAGCCACUUCCAUGGCAUUAGGUAAAUGAGGAAGAGGAACCUGAUUACACAUUUUUGAAAAACGGUCUACUAUGACAAGGAUGGUGGUGCUACCAGAGGAUUCAGGAACGUCUGUGAUGAAUUCAACAGCUAUGUGGGACCAGCGUCUGUGAGGGAUUGGCAAAGGUUGAAGCUUACCGGAAGGGAGAUGACGAGGGCUUUUGGUUUGGGUGCAGACUGGACAGGAGAGUACGUAAUCCCUUACAUCGGAUGCCAGUGAGGACCACCAGAACUUAAGGGCUAGAAGUUCGGUGGUUCGUGUAAUGCCCGGAUGUCCUGACCCCAAGGACGUGUGACACCAUUGCAUCAGUUGGGGUCUAACAGCUGCUGGUACGUAACUCUUCCCAGCUGGUGUCGCAGGAGGAGCCGGGUCUGAGGUUAGGGCUUCUUGAAUGGCAGAGUGAACCUCCCACUGUACCGGUCCCAUAAUGCAAGAGGAAGGAAGAAUGGCUGUAGGGUCUGACUUACUGGUCAGAAGGUCAAACUGGCGGGAGAGAGAGAGAAUCAGCUUUUACGUUUUUCUUUCCAUGGAUGUAAGUAACAUGAAAAUGGAAGCAUGUGAAGAAGAGAGCCCAGCGGGCUUGUCUGGAGUUUAACCUCUUGGCCCCUCUGAUAUAUUCCAGAUUACAAUGAUCUGUUAGGACGAGAAAGGGAUGAUGUGCGCCCUCCAAUCAGUGGCGCCACUCCGAGGGCCAGCUUGAUGGCGAGAAGUUCUCUGAUCCCCACAUCGUAAUUCCUCUCAGCGGAGCAUAACGUCCUGGGAAAGAAGGCACAGGGAUGUGAUUUUGGAGGUGUUCCCACCCGCUGAGAGAGUAUGGCUCCUAUUCCUACAUUCGGAGGCAUCCACCUCCAGGGUGAAAGGAAGGGUCGGAUCAUGUUGGCGAAGGACAGGAGCUGAGGUGAAGAGGCGUUUCAAGGUGUUGAAAGCAUUCAGGGCGGUAUCAGUCCACUGAAGGGUCCGGGUCUUUUGGCUGGUAAGGGCAGUGAGGGGAGCGGCAGUAGAACUGAAGUUCCGAAUGAACCGCCGAUAGUAGUUGGAGAACCCAAUGAAAUGUUGGAGUUCCUUAACGGUGGUGGGUUUGGGCCAGUUACUGACGGCGGUGACUUUGUUCUCAUCCAUGCUGACCCCUCCAGGUGUCAGUACGAAACCGAGGAAGUUUACCGAGGUUACAUGGAAGGUGCUCUUUUCAGUCUUCACAUAAAGGUUAUGGUCGAGCCAUUGAAGAACCUUUUGUGCAUGCUGGAUGUGUUCCUCCAGGGCCUCCUGUAGCUCAGUUGGUAGAGCAUGGCUCUUGCAACGCCAGGGUUGUGGGUUCGAUUCCCACGGGGGGACAGUAUAAAAAAUGUAUGCACGCACUAACUGUAAGUCGCUCUGGAUAAGAGCGUCUGCUAAAUGACAUAAAUGUAAAAUGUAAAUGAGUAAAUCAGGAUGUCAUCAAUGUAGAUGAUGAGAAAGCGGUUGAUCAUAUCCUGGAAAACCUCGUUCAUAAAGGAUUGGAAGACGGCGGGGGCGUUAGUGAGGCCGUAGGGCAUGACCAGGUAUUCGUAGUGCCCUUGUGCAGUGAUAAAGGCCGUCUUCCAUUCCUCGCCUUCACGUAUACGGACAAGGUUAUAUGCAUUUCACAGGUCAAGUUUUGUAUAGAUGUUGGCGCAGCCCACUUGUUCAAGGGUCGCUGGGAUCAGAGGAAGAGGGAAACGGUUCUAGACUGUGACGUCAUUCAGGGAACGGUAAUCAAUACAUAGACGGAGACCACAGUCCUUUUUUUCAAGGAAGAAGAAGCUGGACGCAGCCGGGGAAGAAGAAGGACAAAUGAAACCGUUUGAGUGCUUCAUCAAUGUAGUUCUCCAUUGCCUCAUUUUUCGGGAUAGAUAGGGGGUAAACACGGCCCGUCGGUGGAGACACUCCAGGGAGUAAAUCAAUUGCACAGUCCCCUGGGCGAUGUGGUGGCAGAGUGGAGGCCUUGAUUUUGCUGAAGACAUUGGUGUACUGGACGUAUUCAGAUGGUAUGGUGGGUGGCACUGCAGAGGCAGAGUCCUCAAUGGUGGUGGCUCUGCAGGGUAGGCUGAGACAACUGGUGAAGCAGGCAGAAGACCAGGACAGUAGUUCACCUUGUCGGCACGAGAUGGCAGGGUCGUGACGACAAAGCCAGGGGUGUCCGAGGAUGAGUGGCUGUUUGGGGGAUGAGAGUUCCAUGAGUUGAUUGGUUUCGGUGUGGAAGACUCCAAUCUGGAGGGUGAUGCUCUGUGUCAGGUGCGUAAUGAAGCCAGUGCCCAAUGGCUGCCCGUCCAGGGCGUUAAUCCUUAAGGGAGGGGUGACAGGUGUUAGAUCAAUGUCAAGCUCUUGUACUAGCUGGUGAUCGAUAAAAUUACCUGCUGCUCACGAAUCUAUCAAGCCCUCUACGUACUUAGUAACACCCUUCACGGUUAUCAAUACCAGGAUGGAGAAUUGCUUCUGGGAGAUAUUGAGAAAUAAGGACACGCCUACCAGCAUGGCAGCAGAGGGACCCUUCUCAUCUCUCCGCGGGGGGCGAACAGGGCAAUGGCUGAGUAGAUGAUCGUUCCCUCCACAGUAUAGGCAGAGCCCUUCUUGGAUCCGCCUUUGACGUUCGAUACACGGGAGAGGAGCAUGGCCCAACUGCAUGGGCUCUGGAAGACUCGGACGGGAUGACGGAAUCAUGGAAAGAGAAGGUUUCGGGUUCCUGGGUGGCAGAGUUCUUCAGCGGUCGGCGAGGAGGUGGUCGAUGGAGAUGGACAUAAGAAUGUAUUGAUUUAAAUCCUGAAGGUCACCUCUACAGGCCAGCUCCGCCUGAAGUUCCCUGUUGAGCCCUGUUCGGUAGACGGUAAGUAAAGCAGCCUCACUCCAUCCACUCCCUGCAGCCAUGGUGCGGAACUCAAGGGCAUACUCGACAGCUGAAUUGCGUCCUUGUUGAAGGUCUAUGAGGAGGUCUCCUAUAGGACGACCGGAAGGAGAGUGAUCGAAUACCUCUUUGAAGAGGGUGUGGAAAUGGGUCUUGGAUCCGAGUUCUGUGCUGUUGGCAGUCCAUAUGGCGGUGGCCCAAUCCAGGGCUUUGCCUGUGAGUAGAGACACAACAAAAUCCACCCUGCUCUUGUCGGUGGCGAAGUUAGUGGGGUUGUGCUCAAUGUAUUUGUUGCAUUGCAUCAGAAAUCCCUGACAUUUCCCAGGUGAACCGUCAUAUUUUCCAGGCAUGGAUAUGAAUGAAGGAGGGCUAUGGGUUACAAUACCUGGCAUCAGAGGAGUAGGGAUACGCUGGCGGAGAAGAUGGCAGAUUUCCUCCAUACGCUCCUCUUGCUGGGUUAGGCGCUGCUGUAGCUCCGCUGAAUCCAUUCCGUUUUUAGAUGAAGUAUUCUGUAAUGAAUAAUCAGGGAGAAAAAGGUGUAGAUUCACGCGCAGAGCAAGGCAGGUGUUUAUUUCGCAGGAAUCAUAGCCACAGGCAGGUGAAUCAAACUAGGACUGAAGGCUAUAACUGGUUCUCACAAACAAGCUAGGAAAAGGCUUAGUUGAGUCAACACGAACAAUACCUCAUAAGGCACAAACAGAAUGAACUGAACUAAAUAAGGAGCUGAUGAGACCAGGUGAGUAACAAACACAGGUGAAAUCAAUAAACAAAAUGAAAGACAGGGCUAUGUUCAAGAACACAAAGAAACAGGGCUAUGUUCAAGAACACAAGGUGAACUAAGAAAAUACAGUUGAAGUCAGAAGUAUACAUACACCUUAGACAAAUACAUUUUCCACAAUUCCUGACAUUUAAUCCUAGUAAAUAUUCCCUGUUUUAGGUCAGUUAGGAUCACCACUUUAUUUUAAGAAUGUGAAAUGUCAGAAUAAUAGUAGAGAGAAUGACUUAUUUCAGCUUUUAUUUCUUUCAUCACAUUCCCAGUGGGUCAGAAGUUUACAUACACUCAAUUAGUAUUUGGUAGCAUUGCCUUUAAAUUGUUUAACUUGGGUCAAACAUUUCGGGUAGCCUUCCAUGAGCUUCCCACAAUAAGUUGGGUGAAUUUUGGCCCAUUCCUCCUGACAGAGCUGGUGUAACUGAGUCAGGUUUGUAGGCCUCCUUGCUUUCACACGCUUUUUCAGUUCUGCCCACACAUUUUCUAUAGGAUUGAGGUCUUUGUGAUGGCCACUCCAAUAUCUUGACUUUGUUGUCCUUAAGCCAUUUUGCCACAACUUUGGAAGUAUGCUUGGGGUCAUUGUCCAUUUGGAAGACCCAUUUGCGACCAAGCUUUAACUUCCUGACUGAUGUCUUGACAUGUUGCUUCAAUAUAUCCACAUCAUUUUCCUUUCUCAUGAUGCCAUCUAUUUUGUGAAGUGCACCAGUCCCUCCUGCAGCAAAGCACCCCCACAGCAUGAUGCUGCCACCCCCGUGCUUCACGGUUGGGAUGGUGUUCGUCGGCUUGCAAGCCUACCCCCUUUUCCUCCAAACAUAACGAUGGUCAUUAUGGCCAAACAGUUCUAUUUUUGUUUCAUCAGACGAGAGGACAUUUCUCCAAAAAGUACGAUCUUUGUCCCCAUGUGCAGUUGCAAACCGUAGUCUGGCUUUUUUAUGGCGGUUUUGGAGCAGUGGCUUCUUCCUUGCUGAGCGGCCUUUCAGGUUAUGUCGAUAUAGGACUCUAGGUUUUACUGUGGAUAUUGAUACUUUUGUACCUGUUUCCUCCAGCAUCUUCACAAGAUCCUUUGCUGUUGUUCUGGGAUUGAUUUGCACUUUUCACACCAAAGUACGUUCAUCUCUAGGAGACAGAACGCGUCUCCUUCCUGAGCGGUAUGAUGGCUGCGUGGUCCCAUGGUGUUUAUACUUGCGUACUAUUGUUUGUACAGAUGAAUGUGGUACCAUCAGGCGUUUGGAAAUUGCUCCCAAGGAUGAACCAGACUUGUGGUGGUCUACAAUUUAUUUUGGGAGGUCUUGGCUGAUUUCUUUUGAUUUUCCCAUGAUGUCAAGCAAAGAGGCACUGAGUUUGAAUGUAGGCCUUCAAAUACAUCCACAGGUACACCUCCAAUUGACUCAAAUGAUGUCAAUUAGCCUAUCAGAAGCUUCGAAAGCCAUGACAUCAUUUUCUGGAAUUUUCAAAGCUGUUUAAAGGCAUAGUCAAUUUAGUGUAUGUAAACUUCUGACCCACUGGAAUUGUGAUACAGUGAAUUAUAAGUGAAAUAAUCUGUCUGUAAACAAUUGUUGGAAAAAUUACUUGUGUCAUGCACAAAGUAGAUGUCCUAACCAACUUGCCAAAACUAUAGUUUGUUAACAAGAAAUGUGUGGAGUGGUUGAAAACGAGUUUUAAUGACUCCAACCUAAGUGUAUGUAAACUUCCAACUUCAACUGUAAAUACAGAACCUUACAGUAAUAUUGGGAUGCAAACUCAAAAUUGAAUACAUUUUUGACUUUUUUUAAGCCCAUAACCAUGCGUGUGAGGUGUAUACUUUUGUUUCAAAGUAGAUUUGUUUGACUACCAGGAAACACUCUGUGUGACCAUGAUUCAUCCUACUACAGUAAAAUGAUAACUGUAGGCAUGUGUGCAGAGGCCCAUCGGUCGGAGGCUUGACCACUUUGAGUGGGCAAAAUCCAACGUAAUAAAAACUGCCACAGACAGAGAACUCUAACAGGGCUUGCUAAAAUGGCUGUCCUCAAAACAGUUUGUUAUGGACUUGGGGCGCAUGUACAACGCACUUGAACUCGCUCUACUGUCGGAGUGCUUAGCUUACAGAAACGUACCACCUCAAUUGCAUAUGUAGACAAACUGAUCCACCGCAUGAACCUUUCAUCACACCAACGAGAUAUAGGAAUCAAUUUCACUGCGUGUCUGCCUUGAUGUUCAUAAAACUCCACGGACCCCCUCUUGCGCAGUGGAAUCCAGAACAAUAUGUGACCAGUUCGUUACGGUGCUGCCCGAUUCGAAGGGCGCUCAAAUCAAUUAAAACAACCCUCUUCAAGAUCUGUUGCCUACGCCUAAUAGUCCUAUUACAAAUAGAAGAUUAUCACUUCUCAAAGUGGUGCUCGUUUAGUAAAGCUGAAUCAAUGUCUCGCAAGAUCACAUAAUGAUUAAUUUGUAUUUUACAUGACAGAGACGAAUAUAAUAGCAUAUACUGUUGCAUAGUAGGUCUAUAAUAUGAUACACCAAAAGCACCUGCUCAGUCAUUUCUUAUCUGAAGCUGAAUAGUCAAAGAAAAAAACACAUGCGGACAAAACUCAACAGAGCGCUCCACUAGGCAGGAUAUAUGCUUUGAUUGAAACAAAAUAGGCCUACAAGAAAGGCUAAUAGUUUGUUAACACCAUCUGCUCUAUGGUGCUUUGAAGACAACUGGGAAUUGGGGAAAAAAUUGGGAAAAUCAUGACGUCAGUGAUCUUCAGGUCGGAAAGUCGGAGUUCUAGAAAGACGCCCGAGUUUACUACUUGGAAUUCCAAGUUGGAUGACCGUUCAAAACGUUUUUCCGGUCUGAGCUGUUUUUUUUUCAUGAGUUCCCAGUUGUCUUGAACGCAAGUCAGAAGUCGGAGCUUUCCGUGUUCCGUUGUUUUGAACACGGCAUUACUCAUCAUUCGCGCCACUGCCAGAGAGCGAGAAGACAGGGAAGAAACAUUUACCUACAGAUGUAGGAUCUCCUUAAUUUGAUCAUUCUUUUAUUGCUAAGAAUUUUCCUGUAAAGCAGGAAAUGCAAACUUGUAGUGCAUUUGAGUUUUAAAAGUCUUCUAAAGAUUGCAAUUUCCACUAUGAAAUUUCAGACUUGAUUUGCCCUAACGAAACAUUUAUCAACCCCUACAGAAAUUCCAUUAAUUAUAAUCCACAAAUUAAUUCACAUUUCCUGUUGCUACAGUAUUAUUUCCUGCUGUAGCAAACUGGCUCAAAUUAAGAUCCUACAUCUGUAUCUAUAGGCUGCUAUAGCCUAGAGAUGUAUUUUGUUUGUCAUUCUAUCGUUUUCAUGGAAUUUUUGUGGUGAUUAAAUAUAAUUUAUUUAGAAUUUAUCCGAAUUAAUUUUCCAUAUAUAUAUUUACCAGCUCUGUCUAUUCUCAAAUUGAAAAAAGUGAGGGAACGCUGCUCCCCGCACCAUGACAGCACUACUCCCUGCUCCUUUGUUUGCCUACUAACGAAUUGGCCCUCUCCUCGACCACUCAUCUGUUUCCGGGUCACAGAGGACAGAGGAGUUGAGGAGAGAACAGACUUUUGCCCAAUUGGGAUUCUUCCUAUGAUGUCGUUUUAAAUCUCCUGUUCCUCAUAGGUGCAGAACCUUGCCAUCUGUAGCCAGCAGGGGGCUCCCUCCUCCUCUCAGCUCCAGGGCCUUCGUCUCAAACAGAUGUCUGGAGGGGCCCAGGUCUACCUGGCUGGCCAGCUCAGGGGUCCCACCCAUGGGCCACAGGGAGCCCAACUGGGGCCCCUGGAGGCCCCAUCAGAGGGAGGGCAGAAAGGUGAGGGCCACUUGGUGACCGUGAGCCGCAGUGUGAUGGCCGUCAGCAGUCACCCCCUCAUCAUCCCAGGUAGGCCACACUCAAAGCGCCCUGUUCAAGUUAGCAUAAAAAAUAAGCAUAGGUUUAAUAGCAUGAAUGUUAUAUAAGCCUGAAUGUGGGUGGAGUAUGAUGACACCAACUCUGUUUCAUAAACAUGAUAACUGUAGUGCAUGUAGCCGGAGCCAGGGCAGGGCACUGUUGAUUUUAGACUUUUGCUAUAGAUAAAUCAAAUUUCACACACAGUUAGGGCAAGUCUAAAGAGGUGUUUUUACCUUACAAUUUUGUCAAAAGGCACUUCCAUAACCUUGUCUCCACUAUAGGUCCUUUUGAUUUCUAUUUCCAUACCACAUCACCAGGCUGGCACAGGGCUGUCUAUCAGACCUAUCCAAGAGAAGGCUUUACUGUAAAUGCAGGCCAGCCCUUCAAUAGACUGCCAGCCCUAUCCACGUGGACCCACUUACAUAGGAAAUGUAUUAUUAUUACAGGACGUAAAGAGGAAAUGGCCUAAGAUCAGACAGCAAGCCUCAGCCAGACCCCAGUGACAGCUCCUAUACUGAGCAAAUAUGGCAGAGAGGGGUUCUAAAAGUAUCUUAAUGGCAAGAGGACUGACAGCUUCAAAACACAGCAGCAGUACACUCAGCUUAAUUCCAAUAUGCAGAGUUCCUUGACUAUAACUAGAUUUCCAAUAGUCCAUCAACAUCCACCUCAACAUUUAACCUCUACUGCUUGUGUGCAUUAUGUAACACUAUGUGCAGUCAGUAAUCGAAUUGCGUCCUUCAAUCUACUUACUGUCAAAAUGCUUUAGAAAUUUGGACACUGUUAUAAGCUGAAAUGUUGCACGAGGAGGAGAGACGUCUCCACUCAAUUUUUUUCCUCAUGAGGAUCUCAUUAGUAGUUAGGAUAAAAGGGAUCUCCUAAACACCAUCUUAUACAGUCACCUCCUUCCUGCAGCACUAGAGCUUUAAGCAGCCGCCCUAAGCAGAACCAGACUGUUUCCGUAGUGUUGCUAAAGGUGAGGAGGACAAGGCUGCAGUGGAGGCUACGGCUGAAGGCUUGACCCAUGGGUCUGAGCUACUCCUAAUGAGCUACUUCCAGAUGGGGGCUGGCUGGGGGGACGCCCCUCAGCGCCGCACAUCUUCCUCUCUGUCACCAUGUGCGCACAGGAAACCCUUCCCCCCAUCUCAGCAUCCAAAAUCAAUAGAUCAGAGGCAGGAACUUCUGUUUCUGAUUAAAAUGCAUGCCACAAGGGGUUGCGCUACUGUUUAAUAAAAUAUGUUUUGGUGGUAUUUAUUUUUGAUUUAGUUACCCUUAUGGAAAAACCACAUACAUUUCACACGUGAACACAUGUGAAGUGUUCCAAAAACACAUGUUUUCAUGUGUCCUUAUGUGAAGUUAAUGUGAUGACAUGUAAUAACAUGAAACUACACAUGUGAAAACGUGAUUACAUGUGAAGUGUCCCAAAAACACAUGUUUUUAUAUGAUUUUCACAUCAAUCAUGUUUCUGUAAGGGUUGCGUCUGCUGGGUUAUUUUGACAGGCUCAAUUGGUGCAUGUACGGAACAUUGUGUGCUGUAUUCAAUUAUUUAUUGAAAUGUGUAAAACCAAAAGUAGACUGCGGUCUGGACCCAAAGUCGCAAUAUUGAAUUGGACACAAAACAGUCUGCCCGCAGCUAGCCAGUUUGAAGCUUUUCGACUUGGCAGUGUAACACAUGUAAGUGGUGUGUGAAUAUUGGGGGGAAGGCUGGCACACCGCUUUAAAUGAGUUGUCACAUAACUAGUGGCUGUAGAAUAGUUUCCAGAGAAUAAUCCCCAAACCACAGCAGAGUGAGUUGUCAAAAAUGCCUUCUUCGCUUCCACCAGUUUAGGGCCUGACUGAGGUACUUAGAAAUGGUGAAGUAGGCAUUCCAUGAGUGGACCGCAGCAGAGGAAACCAAGAAGGCUGAUGAUUACGAGACGUGCUGCCCCUCCAGAAAUUAUUGCUCUUCAUAUACAAUAGAGGCAUCUACUGCACACAUUCAAUCAAAAGUGAUUGGGAGUCAUGUAUGGAGGACUACAGCUGUUUCACCGCUAGGGCCCAUUGGGUUGAGAGUGUCAUGUGUAGAAUGAGACACAGGUGACUGGAUACCUUAACCUAAAGACAGACUCUGUGGUAGCACGAUACAAAUGUACUGAAGGGGAUGUCAAAGGUAUUAGCUUUACAGUGUUGGUUGGCAUACAGUACAUGAUUUAAAACUAAGGACUAUUUAGUUACAAGUUCGUUUUAGUUUACCAUGGUUUUCUGUUAAAGGUCCAGUGCAAUCAAAAAUGUGAUUUUCCAGUGUUUUAUAUAUAUUUCCACACUAUGAUGUUGGAAUAAUACUGUGAAAUUGGGAAAAUGACUAUAAUGCCCAUUUAGUGUAAGAGCUGUUUUGGUGGGAUGGAGUUUUGGCCUUCCAUGGUGACAUCACCAUGUGGUAAAUGAGUUAAUAGACGAAUAAGAAAGAGAGUUCCAAACCUCUCUGCCAAUAACAGAACAUUUUCAGUUUUCCCCUCCCCAUUCAGACCACUCCCAGACAGUCCUAGCUAAAUUCUUGUUGAGAAAUUGCCCUUUACUAAGAAGCUAUUUUUGUUUAUUUUUGACCAUUUUUAUUGAAAACAAUCACAGUGAGGUACUUCAUUGUUACCCAGAAAUGAUUUGAUAUUGAGAUAAAAGCGCCCGCAUUGGACCUUUAAGAGACUACUCAUGAAAUCACAAUUUCACUAAAGCAAUAUUUAUUUGUAUAGCGCUUUCAUGAUACUCAAAGACAUUCAAAGUCACUAGCCAUAACAUGGCUUCGAUGGUGUUUUGAUUUGGGUUUCGCUCUCCUUUAGUGAAUGUCCAUAGUAACCACAGACUUUUACAAACUGCAGCGCUGGCAAGAUUCUGAUGUGGAACGGCAUCAAUGUUUUUGAAAAAGGGAAGCUGUCUUUAAGUGUCCUGUUACUCAUACGCCUACGACUACAUCAAUGGCUCUUUUCCCCAGAUGUUUAUUUUCUUUAGUUCCACAGACCAUGGUAAUGUGUUUGGCCUCAGGGCACCUAUUGUUUGGCUUAUAAACACUUUUUAUGAGUGGGAGCCUUAGUCCAGGCUUGACUGACUGAAGCCAAGGAUUUGUAUUUGUAUUUAUUACGGAUCCCCAUUAGCGGCUGCCAAGGCAGCAGCUACUCUUCAAAGGGUCCAACCACAAUUUACAUACAAUAAAACAAUACAUAACACAACACCUUAUUACACACUACUCUACCAUAACAUAUUUACAAUACAAAAUCAAUAAUACAGCAAAAUAACAAUAUUAAAAUGUGUGUGUGUGUAGAGUGCGUGUGUUAGCAUGUGUUUGUGAAUGCUGUGUGUGUGCCUGUGUGUGUGUGUGUGUCUCUUCACAGUCCGCGCUGUUCCAUAAAGUGUAGUUUUAUCUGUUUUUUAAAUCUGAUUUUACUGCUUGACUGAGUUACAUGAUGUGGAAUAGAGUUCCAUGUAGUCAUGGCCCUAUGUAGUACUGUGCGUUUCCCGUAGUCUGUUCUGGACUUGGGGACUGUGAAGAGACCUCUGGUGGCAUGUCUCGAGGGGUAUGCAUGGGUGUCCGAGCUGUGUGCUAGCAUUUCAAACAGACAGCUCGGUACAUUCAGCUUGUCUACACCUCUUAAAAAAACAAGCAGUGAUGAAGUCAAUCUCUCUUCCACUCUAAGCCAGGAUGAACAUGCCCUGGGGUGUCUGUCUGUUUCGGAUGUUAUUGCUGUGGUAACCACUGUAAGAUAUGUCAGAGGCUUUAUAGGCUUACUCAUUUAGGCUUACUCAUUUAGGGACAAAUCCUAACUUGAAAUGUACACAACUAAGAAUUAUGUACGAGGGCAGCUACAUUUUAUUGUUCGUUUUGUGAAAGAAACCUGAUAUUUCUUAGUUUAAAGCAAAGACUAAUGUUGUUUAUGUGUUGUUUUUACAGCGUACGCACAAAUCCAGACGCACCAGUUUCUGCAGCAGCAUAAACAGCAGCAGUUUGUGUUCCAGCAGCAGCGGCACCAGACCCAGCAGCUUUCUCUGAGGGGCCAGGCCCCAGUGCUGCACACAGCCUCCAUCCACAGUCACUCUCAGGCCCAGACGCUACAGGCCCUGGCUAUCCAGCCCCAGCCCAAGGAGGGCCCUGUCCCUGUGCUGCCCAAACCAUUUGUCUCUGCCCUUGUUCCCAGCCAGCAGGCCACCAUCUUCCACUCCACCGUCAGUCCCCAGAUUUUUACCCACAACGGGUUAACCCCUGUGGUCACCCAGACCCAGGCUGCUCCGCUGCCCAACACCAAGCUAGUGCAGAUGGCUGCAGUUGACCUCCAGAUCCAACCAACAGCUCCUACACCGGCCUCUCAGCUGGUUCAGGAUAGUGCUGGCAAGGAGCUGCCCACAUCUGAGGUAGUCAUGGAGAACAGCUCCACUCCCCUCAUACAGCAGUCAACAGCCCCUCCUAUUCUUGAGGUCAUCACUAUUGAGCAAUGCCCAUCGGACCCCAGCAACCCAACCACACCCACUGGAGGUAGAUAUUAUAUUUUAUAUGUCACAGGUUGCAUCUCAAAGUCAUUGGACUUAUGGACAACCAGAAGCCCUGAUACAGUAAUGUGAAGUCCCACCCAUCCACUCACUCACUCAUUCAUUCAUUCAUUCAUUAAUUCACUCACUCACUCACUCACUCACUCACUCACUCACUCACUCACUCACUCAUGAACUCACUCACUCACUCAUGAACUCACUCAUGAACUCACUCAUGAACUCACUCAUUCACUCACCAACCCACGACUCACCAUCAACCUACUCACUCACUCACUCACGUCCAUCUGUAGGCUUGGGCAGCUCAGGCAUAAUGGUCAUCCCCACUCUAGCGCUCCUCUCAAGCAGAAUACUAAAUAUGUCAUGCGCCAGAGGCCAUUGUCCUGCCUUGCCACUUGGGGGAACGUGACAGCUUUAGCCAAAAUUAGGGGAGAGGGGCCGGGCUUUGUCACUUUCCCCAUGAGAUAGGGGGGAGAAAGGUUUCAGGCUUUCGCUUCGGUCUUGACAAUAUAUUUCUCAAAAAUUGAGGGAAUUCGAUUAUCUGGACCAAGUUGCCCCGGUGGGAAGAGUUUGCACCGGGUGAAAAGUGAUUGCAUACAUUUUUGAACCGGGCUGCCUCCCAGCCGUGAGCCAGGUGCCCGGCGCUGGCCGACGGUCAAGUUGGCUCAAAACAAAAGUGACAUUUGUGUUUUCAAAUGCAAAAGGGAUAUUUUGAUAAAAACAUAUAUUAUGUGGACAAUUACUGUUACUGUUCGAUUUGAGAAGGGCGCUCCUCCCUCACCACUUUUGCCCGAUCCCAUCACGGGCCAUAGACCGGUGCACCGCGGUUCAUUUUAAUCAAACGCCACCAUUGUGGUAGAUUGUACUGGAAAGCAUUGUGAGGGGAAAAUAGAGUCCGCCAAUCCAACCAAUCAGAGAGGGAGUUCUUUUGAGAUACUCGUCGCCAUUGGAUCACAUUCCAAGUUGUGCGGGCCAAUGGUGAGGGUGCUUUAUUUCCUAAAGGUGCACUAGUCACAUUCACUCAGACAUUCAAACAUGAAUAAUGUACUUUCAAGAGGCCAGGAGGCUAUUACUCUGCAGAUACUGAAGUGGCCACCACUGCCACUUGGCUACUCCGAAUCACAGCAGUACACCAUGUGAUCAGGGCACAAUCCUCCUCUAUGUGUUACUAUUAGGUGGUCAUAAUUACAACCUUACAUUUACAUUUUACAUUUUAGUAGAUGCUCUUAUCCAGAGCGACUUACAGUUAGUGAGUGCAUACAUUAUUUUUUUAUAUUUCUUUUUAUACUGGCCCCCCAUGGGAAACGAACCCACUACCAACUGAGCCAAAUCCCUGCCGGCCAUUCCCUCCCCUACCCUGGACCAAUUGUGCGCCGCCCCAUGGGUCUCCCGGUCGCAGCCGGCUACGACAGAGCCUGGAUUCGAACCAGGAUCUCUAGUGGCACAGCUAGCACUGCGAUGCAGUGCCUUAGACCACUGCGCCACUCGGGAGAACCUUGAUCUAGCAAGUCCAGUGAUGCCUAAAGCCUUGGUCCAGCCUCAAGCCAAGGCCAGCAUGUCUGCUUGUGGACAUCUUGUGACAGGCAACUGAGUUUAAAAAAACGUUCUAUGUAUAUGUCAUGACAUGUAAUUAACACAGUCUUUACCAUUCAUGGUCGUUUUUGACAUAAUGACAAGUCAUGAAAGCGUUGGAUGUCCUAUACCUCUAGCCCCAUAGCUCACAAGUUGAGAAAAUCCAUCUCUCAACAACAUUUCCCAUUCCAACCAUUUGUCACUAAAUCAAAGAAAAUAUGUUUUUUUUACAUACAGGCUUUAAAUUCCGCCUUGGCAAUAUAUUUCUUAAAUAUGGAGGGGAUUAGAUUAUCUGGACCGGGUUAAAUUACUGGUUACUGUUCGAUUUGAGAAGGGCGCUCCUCCCACUUUUGCCCGUUCACGUCACGGGCCAUAUACCGGUGCACCGCGGAUCAUUUUAAUCAAACUCCACCAAUGUGGUAGAUUGUACUGGAAAGCAGAGGGAGGGGAAAAUAGAGUCAACCAUCCAACCAAUCAGAGAGUGAGUCCUUUUGAGACACUCGUCGCUAUUGGAUCACAUUCCAAAUUGCGUGGGCCAAUGGUGGGGGCGCUUUAUUUCCUAUUCAGUACCCGCAUACAAAGGAUACUUGCUUGUGUACUUUUGCAGGGGUAAUAGUGCCCGAACAAACUGAAGAAAGCACAAGAAAAAGUGUGGAUAUGAAUGCAUUGCUUGUGUAGUUUCUACUCAUGUAACGGGUGCGUGUGUAGUUUCUACUCAUGUAACGGGUGCGUAUUUCCACGGAAUAUUUGUGAAUUGUUUGAGCACAUGAUUUAUUUGCUUCAUGUUGCCUUGGCGGACGGGAUAUGAAAGGAAGGGUUGCUUGGAGCAGUGGAACAAAGGGGUGUGCCACAGAGUACUGUCUUUGGGUGUGCUUUCGCUCCGUGUUGACCAUUGUCGGGGCGCUUGAAUCAGAGCGCCUAUAUUUGUAAUUUAUUGUGGUGCGUUUCUUAAUAAGUUAAUGUUCAAAAGUGGCCAAAUGUAGUUUUCAUGAUGUCGACGAAACCAUUGCACUUUUAUACCGUAAUGUAUUAGAAACAAUACGCAUGUGGGAUAAUAAACAACUUGCCUAAUGAUCAUUAAUGAUUAGUUGAUACAGUACAUAUUCUUGUUAUUAAAUACACUUGCUAUUCUUAAUUGUUUUGUUGACGAAAGUCGUUUUUUGUAGAAUGAUGCGGGGAGGAAAGUAAACAAAACAAUUUCGAAAGUGGUCCAGACUUUCUUCUAGAAUCAUUAAUUCUUCACUGCGUAAAACAUGUCCAUAUUCAUCAUUAUAUCCCUUUAUUAUGAUUGUUAUUAUCCAGCACCGACUCCUGCAUGUCAGUUAACAUUUUACACAAAUAUUUCCUUUUAUUUACUCACAAAUAUGCCAUUAUUAUGCCAGCAGGUAAUGGAGACGCUGAGGGGCUGAAUGCUCAACAAGGUGUAGGCUCACUUCCAGUCAUGACCUCAGGGAAUGGGAACAAUACGCCCAUGGUGACAGGCAGUACCCCACAGAAUGGCAAGAGCAAACUGCCUCAAGCCAUAGUGAAAGCCCAGAUCCUCACCCACUUUAUUGAGGGAUUCGUGAUCCAGGAGGGAGCUGAGCCUUUCCCUGUAAGUAGGAUUCUGAAGAAGCUUUCCACCCACUGGUUACAUGGCUGUUCAGAAGCAGACACGCACACACACAGGGGCGGACUGGGACCAGAAAUCGGCCCUGGCAUUUCUAACACACUCUUCCUCUAGGCCCCCACACGUCCCAAAAUUUUUUUUAAAUUGGGGCCCCCAUUAUUAGCCAAAUAAUGAUAAUUUUGCGCAAAAAACACAAGUUAGACAGGCCCACUGGGCAAAAAAACUGACCAGCCUAGUCUGCCCCUGCACACACACAUAAUCUGAUGUGAGAUGGCCUUUUUUGGAGUCAACUGAUCCAUAAGGAAACAUAGUUAUCCAUGUACAUGACCAGGAGUGCACUACUCUCUAGUGGACCAAAUUAGACUAAACCCUUCAUAUCAUUAUGCACUGUACAGCAUUUUACUACCGGUGUAAGCAGCAUAUGUGGAAGGUAGUGUCGCUGUCCUUUCAGGUGGAACGUCCGUUGUCGUUGCUGAUCGAGAACCUGAAGAAACACAAACAGCAGACACACUCUGACUCAGAGAAGACGACUACCUCCUCCAACAGCACCACUGACUCUGAGAUGGAGGACCUAUCACAGCAAGGUAAAGGACCAGCCAGAAUACAUCUUGCUUGGCCCACUAUGGCCUUUUCUCAAUUAGAUUUGCUAAACUCCUGCGUCCUCUCUCCUCCGUCUUCUCUUGCCUCCUUUUCAAAAAGGUCAAAGGUAAUCAAGGAGAGGUGGCGAGGAAAGUGAACGUGCACGAAAAUGUGCUUAUAUGAAAUGAGAAGCUCAAUCUCCACUCACACAUCAUCAGGCAAAUUACGUUUACAGGGGUGGAUCCCAAAAUGAAUGUGUAAAGUGAUAAAAAUGAAUGAAGUUAGUUGUGCAAUACAUUUGAUAAAUAAAAGCAUAAGUAACAUAUAGUUUUUAAAUGUGUGAAUGCUAUUCUCCUCUGACAAAACAACAGCUGAUUCAAAGGGGGUGUGGCAGAUAUCAAAACUCUUCUGUGGUAGGAUACACUUGUGGUUCCUCGCCAAAAGGAGGCUAUCGAGGAGGGGAGGACCGUCUUCCGUUUGCCUACUAACGAAUUGACACACUCCUCGACCACUAGACUACUUAUUGGUUUCCGGAUCACAGAGGAGAGAAGACAGAGAAUGGACUUUUGCCGAAACGAGAAAAGGCCUAUGAGCCCAGAACUAUAAGCUUCUCAUCGUGGCUUUGGCUACCUGGCUUCAUGUCCCACUUCUGCUGGAAUUUCAGCACAAAUGUUUGUAAAUAUUGGCACUUGGAUUUGCUCUUCUUGACCCAUACUGUAGGACUGUAUAUUCUUCUUUCAGUCUCACAUCAGCCAACUGUCUGAACAUAGGAAAGUCAAAACCAACCACUUGCCUCCGUAGACAUGAAGUCAUACCACUCACUCACUGCAUGUCAUGCUAACUGGUAUUCAGUGUUAAUAACCACCAUAUUUUUACCACUACAUCCCUGGUUCCCAUGUGUUGACGUGAAAUUGUUUUUGCUGUGCAGAGCUGAAGCAGCAAGAGGAGCCCACCCUGACGUGUGAGCUGUGUGGCAGAGUGGACUUUGCCUACAACUUCAAGAGAUCCAAGAGGUUCUGCUCCACAGUGUGUGCCAAACGGUAAGGCCUGGGUAGACAAGAUGCUGGGACUGAGAUCUGGGUCGUAUUCAUUAGGCACCAAAAGGGAAGGAAACGGACUGCAACAAGGAGGGACUUUCGUUUUCCAUUGAAAAACAUUUUGCUAAGGUGUGGUCUAAUGACUAUAACCCAGAUCUCCAGCAGUUGUUGCUGUAGUAAUUACAGCAGUAGUACACAAGUAGUACACAAGUGCAGGAAUAACAAAUAAAUGAAUGGCUUAUUCUUUACUUGAGCCUAUAAUUUGUUACUCAGAUUUGUUGUUGUUGUGAAAACACAAUUAAACAACAAAUGACUUGCUCAGCCUUUGAAACACUUAAUUACCCAAGCUACUUAUUGAGACAUAGCCCAUUUUAUUUUUUACCCAUAAAAUGUUUGUGCAGGUACAAUGUGGGAUGUACAAAGCGAAUGGGCCUCUUUCCAAAUCGACAAACCACGAUGGAGAAACUGAAGAAGCAGAGAACGACCAAUGGAAACCAGAACUCAAGUUCAGAGACCAAAAAACAGGUGAAAUGGCACUGUUCACAAAAUAUCAAGAAUAAAAGUACUAUAUGACUUUGUAAACAUAUUUCCAUUGAGACCCUCUUUCUGGCUAGAAUGGCAAUCCCAUAUGAUCACUUCAAAGCUAAACCCUUCCUUUGUGUGUUUCAGACUUCCACCACUGGCCAACAACCUGGGGGUGGAUCAGUGACAUCCAGCCACCCCUCUCAUCCUGGUCACAGGGAGUCCAGCCAGUGUUUGGACAUGUCCAGCUACGAGGGUCCCCCUUCGCCGCCCCUGUCUGCUGCCAGCUCUAGUGCUCCCAGGUCCCAGGCGGGCAGAGGGGCUGAGCACACGGAGGGCUGUGGACAAGAGCUGCCUCUCCUCUCCCAGCACUUCCAGCCCAGCGACCCGGCCAAGUGGAACGUGGAGGAAGUCUACGAUUUCAUCUGCUCCCUGCCAGGUGGGCACUGCCACAUUUUCCAUUUACUGCAACAGUUGCUAAAUAGCAGCCAAAAUGGCAGAGUAGCAGCCCAAUACAACAGUGGUCACCAACCUUGCUAUUGGAGAAAUGCAGUGUGUGCAGGCUUUUGUUUUAGCACAGUAGUAACACACAUACUUCAGCCAACAAACUUAGUUUUUUGAUUUAAUUGAAAUACAAACUUUGUUUAAACACCCUAAAACAUGGAUAUCAGUUCCAGGAACAAAAUUGGUGACCUGACCACUGUCAUAAAUCAAGCAACUAGCAGGAGGGAUGUUUAGAAAAUACUUGCUUGGAACCUGGUGGUUGUGUGUAAUGUGUAUAUAUAUAUAUUUUUAAGCUAACUGGCGAGUGGCUGUUUGUUUUAUUCCCAGGUUGCCUGGAGAUAGCCAAUGAGUUCCGCUCGCAGGAGAUCGACGGCCAGUCCUUGCUGCUGCUGAAAGAGGACCACCUCAUGGGCACCAUGAACAUCAAACUGGGGCCUGCGCUCAAGAUCCUUGCCCAGAUCAGUAUGCUUAGAGACUCGUAG